AUGGCUGCCUCUGGCAGUCAAACCUUCUCUGCCGGCUCGACUACGAGAGCAUUUGCACAAAAGCUAAACAAGUAAGUAACUUUCCUUUGAGUAAAGUUGUAUAAUUUGUGCAUUUUGGUGUGAUAUGUGUUCAUAUUUUAUUCCAGAUUUCGGCGUAAUGGAUCGGCGACUUUCAGCACUCAAUCAAGUACAAGGUCGCAAUCGUCCACUUCGAGUUCCUUUAUUCAUCUUGCGGCCGGAACGGUUAGUUAACUGCUCAAAUUAUACUAUUGAUCCUUUCAUAAUUGAAAGAUCACUAUAGAUUAAGCAUCACGAUUGUCCAUGGAGCUCCCAAAUACGGCUUUAACAGGCAUCGGAUAACGUGCUUGUCAUGUGAAGGAAACUAUGUACUUCGAUCGCGCCAGCUAUUUUUAAUCCAUUUAUAGAAAUUCCGAUGGUGAAUUCUGGAAAGUACUGGAGAAAAGAAAAAACAACUUUAUUCGGUGUUGGCUAAAAUGGUCAUGGAGAGCUACAUAUGAGGCCGCACAUCGAUCUGUCAAAUGUACAAUUUCAAUUUUUUUUUUAGUAAUCAACUGGAUGUUUAGUCGAAUCGAAGUGAUUUGGCAGUAUGCAUGUAGAUCUCCUUGAUUUUCGAUUUUUAUUUAGUGCUGAUGCAGUAAGUCAGACUGGUUUCAAAGUUUUUGUGAAAUAGACGUAAAUGCAACUCAACAACUGAUUUAAAUCAUCAUAAUUCUUUAUAGGAAGUUUGGAGACUAAACUUGCUUAAGUUUCAGCAGAGUGGCUCUAGUAGUAUUUCAGUUAUCUUCAAGCUUCCAAAAUGUAUCAGGACCACCCAAGUACAUCUUUCAUCACUAAUGUAGCCUAGUUCAGAAGUCAUAAAUAAAACUGUACUGUAAUUACUUAGGCUUAUUUAUUUCUCACAAAAUGGUUAUAACAAACUAGACAGACACCACCCACAGGGGGUGGGGCUACUAUUUUUGGCUCCCAGUCCUUAAAGGCUGAUACCUUAAAUGCUUUGUUAAGCCUCAAAAAUCCUAUCACUGAGAAUUCUCUAACCUAGUAAUGCUACUGUCCAAUUGUUCUAUCCUUUGACUCUUUUAAGUGAUUAGCACCAAAUUUCUCCCUACAAUAGGAAUCAAACUUCAACCCUUUACACCCUAACAUCAGUAUUAAUAUCCUCCAUACUGUUCUCUGUACAUUUACUAAGGUGCUGGCAAGGAGAAUUUGUUUAACAAUCAAGAGUUUCUUUAGUUUGUGAUCAUUUCCUUAUCCUCAUUUCCUUGAUGUUUGAUUCAGAGAUGUGAAUGUAGGGAGAAAUUAGAUGCUAGUCACUCUCAUAAGAGCACAGUCAAGAAAUUUUUAGUAUUUGAGUCAUAACAUCAGUAUUCAUAUUCUCCAUACUGUUCUCUGUACAUUGACUAAGGUGCUAACAAGGAGAAUUUGUCUAACAAUCUAGAGUUUCUUUAGUUGGUGAUCAUGUCCUUUAUUCUCAUGACCUUAAUUUGUGAUUCAGUGGUGAUAUGGUCAGGAGAAAUUAGAUGCUGAUCACUCUUAGAGUUUAAAGGGUUAAAGUAACAAGAAUAAAGGAGAUGUACCAGUUAGAUGUAUCAAAUAAUCCUUGAAGAGAUGUUUUUUUAUGUGGGAUACAGUCCUAAAGAUCUUAAAACUAGAUUCUGUGUUUCUUUAAGAUGGUUUGGUACUAGAUAGUAGAAGAUAUCAGAAUGUGGUAAAAACAUUGGUGCCUAGUGUGCGCCUUGUAUGUGCAGAUGCAUGUGUGGAAACGUAGAAUCUAUCAGUUAAAUCCAGCAAAAAAUGAUUGAAAAUGUGAAAUGUUUCAUCACUUCUUGUUAUUCCAGACUCCUCUAAAUGAAGUUGUGGAACCUCCUGACUUUGAAGAUCUUUUGUUGCAAAAUCAACCUUUCAAUGAAAAUGACCCAAAGAGUAAGAUGCUCGAGUUCCCUGAUGAUGACAUAGAAGUGACCACAAUUCCAAGACAAUGUCGCACUGUCAAGCCAUGCUUUCCCAAGGACACUGGGUAAUGGUAUUGUUGUAUGAAGUAGGUUAAGUCUGUACUCAAGCUGAGAGGCCUAACCAGUCUGAGCUUCUCCGUCUUUCCUUAACAUGAAGCAGUUAAUGAUGGUAAUAGGACUGAGCGGAGUCCAAUUCCAUCUCUAAUCACAAGAAUGAUUACAGUCAGAAUUGGAUGACAUGAAGUCCUGUUACCAAUUAAUCAAAACUAUAACAAUUUGAGAAAGAAAUUAGACAUUGGAAUACAAGAUUUCAUUAAAAAAAAACAAAAAACAAUGGUUAACUUGGCAAAGUGUGAGAUAACAGCAUGCUCACAUGAUGCGUUCUGUCCACUUACAAUGUCCUACAGUGUAAUACACUGUCUAAUAGCAAGCAUGAUGCACACACUGUCCUAUUAGUGCUCAAAUCAGGCUGGUGAUAACCAAUCACAUUUGAGAAUUUUGUUAUAGUUUUGAUUAGGAGUAUUACAGUAACCAUUCCCCCCCUAGAGUGGAUGCCAUUCAAAUGUAAGGGUAUCCCCUAUAAUUUCUGUGCCCAUUUAAAGUCCUGGAUGGAGAGAAGUUCUUUUAGAGUAAACUGUCUGGCCAAAAAACUUAACAAAAAUGACCCAGGGGAGGUCUUGAACCUGGAUGUCUGGACCAGAAGUCUAUGCAUCAACGGUAAUCUUGGGUAGCCUUCUCCUCACAGAUGGGGCCAAUAUUUGCUACUUUCAAGACAUUCUGACCUAUGACACCAGAUCAAUGUCAGUAUCUGAGAAACUAUGCACCUACCCCUCCCCUGGUUCAACAACAGUCAACUGAUAACAAGUUGGGGUUAAUGUUGGGUUAUGGGAGGGGUAGGUGGGCAAUUGCUUGGAUACUGACAUUAAUCCUUGACACCUAUAGUGUACAUGUACAUUGUAUUAGCUAGUGUUUGAGCACCUGUUUUGGGAUAAAUACUUUGAUAAAUAAAAGUGUAAUUAUAAUGUUGUAUUUAUCAAUUAUUGACCAAGAUGGAAGUAAAUAGCGGUGAAUAUUUACCUACAUGUGAUGAGGCAAGGUAAAUAAGCACCACUUUCAUCGACACUGAGGUGUAUAAUUGUUUUAGUAUAUACUACACAGAUACCAAAACAUUACUUUUAAUUAUUCUUUCAAUACACUGAAAAAGAUCGGAAAUUAAACUGUUGAUGCACAAUUUUGUUUCUUUGGCUGCUUGAAAGUGAACAUUACUUGCUAUACAAUUUCCUGAUUUAGUAUAUCAGUGUGUGCGAACAGCAUUAUUCACUUGUGUGCUAUAUACUAAUCAUUAUUAUAAUCAAACAAAUGAUCUGAAAUAUAUAAAAUGAAUAUUAAAAUUCACAAUAUCUCAUUCAUACUGUCACUUACAACACAACGUCUCUCUCUUUCCUCUGCAGUGCUGAGAACAAUCCACUACUAAAAGACUGCAUUCAUUGUUACACUUCAGAUUGGGCGAUAGUUAAUCGAAGGUAAGAUGUGUGUGCAUUCUUUUCUUUGUUUUGAAACAAGUCUUGGUUCAAAAUAAUUUGAAACUAAGUGUGUGUUGACUUUUACACAUACUUCUAGAUUUACAAGCUAAUAUUGAACCCUUUAACUCCCAUGAGUGACCAAGACAGAAUUUCUCCUUACAAUAUCAAUACAAUAGCAACUAGAUAAGUGAUGAGAAUAAAGAAAUAUAUCAAUUUGGGGAUAAUUAGUUGAUUCAAUACUAAAUUCUCUGAACUAACUUUAUAAGAAUUGUUUGGUUGACAGCAAGGAGACUGACAAAUUUGAUCUGGGAGUUGGAAUAGUGGGGGAUAUUUACCGAGCUCCAAAGCAGCUCAGUAAAUUUUAAUCACUCUCAAAGACACUGAGGUGAAUAACCAUACAGAUACCAAAAUAUUAGUGUAUUCGGAAAAUUUCAAAAAUUAGUUUAAAAUGGUUGGAAAUUAAACUCUUUUUGUCUCUUUGGCUGCUUGGAGGCUUAUAGUACUUGCUAUUCACCUUUGAACUUGUCCAGCCAAUUGGCACAUUUCAGAUCAAAACUUGGUGUUCUGUUUAAAACAGGUAUCAGUUCCGUUGUUCUGAUGAAGGAAGACCAGAUUCAAGGCGUAGAAUAGCACGAACAUCCAGCUUUGUGAGAACACUUCCUACCCAGCUUUAUGAAAUUGAUGAAAAAGGAAAACCUGCAGAUCAGGUAAUAAAAUUUAGUGGUAUUUGUUUGCAGAAACUAAAAGAACAUGGUGUGAAUAUCACUGUGUGGAAUGUUAGUUUUAUCCUGGGAGACAGUUAAAUGCAGAGAGCUGUAAAUGUUAAAUUAAUGAUCUUCGCUUGUUUCUUUCAUAUUAUAGGGAAAGAAUGAAGCACAGCAAAAAGUAUCACAGCAAUCAGGCAAAGGACAGGAUGAGUUACCUCGGGGUAGCUGGGCAUCAAGGUUAGUUUGUGUAUACUAUUUUCAUUUGGAGUGUUUUGAAUUGAGUCUCAAAGACUAGGAGUGACCUUAAGCAGUCAUGACAGCAAUGCAAAGGAAACCAUCAAUCUUUAAAAAAGAAUUAAUUUAGAAUUUUGCGAGUGGUAGAUGUGUUUGUCGUCUUUUAAUGUGGCACACCUCAACUUCAGCAUGACACAGGAGUGCAGUGUUGAAUUCCAAAUGGAAACUUAACUAAUUCACUCUGUAGGUUUCUAUUCUCAGACCCCACAAAUUUUGAUGAUUUCAUAUUCAUUUGCUGUUUUGCAGAGGACAGCCUAGAAAUGUUUAAGGUUUCAAAAGCCAUGGUUCUGUCUAUUACAUGUAGAUCUUUUUUUAACACUUCUUGCCAUCAUGGUCUUGGUUUGAUUGUCAGGUCACCAAAACCAAAGAAUCACAAGAGCCAAUAAACAAGCUCUAUUUUAUUUCAAAUGAUGGCAUCCACAGUCAAAUUUUUUGUGCAUUUGAAAAAGGCUUUUAAACAGCUGGGUUAAUAAUUAAUUUUGGAAUCUAAAACCUGGUAAGAUGUAAAUUUCUGGUUUCACCUUUUAUGGCAGGGAUAUAAACUACAUUAGGUUUAGGAGUAUAGUAUAUCACAUUUACUUGCAUAAGUACCCCUGAGUAAGUCCCUCCCCCCCUUCAAAUGAGCAGAGCAUUUGGAACAGAAAAGUUAAUAUGUGCUACCCCCUGAUAAGUGCUGAGGUCCUUCAGAAGCUGCUACAUGUAUGCUUCAUACUUGGUUAUAUUUCUUGAGAGAUUUGGAUGCAACUCUUUUCAAAUGCACAAACUUAAUUACAAAGAAGGGUAGUCCCCUAAGCUAGAGCUUUUGGACAUCAGAUCAGGAAGGGUCAAUGUGAAGGAGGUUGAUUGAAGACUCUGCUGGAAAUGGAAUCGAGAAGUGACAGACAAGCAAAUGGUGACAAUCAAAAUUGAAGACCCUUCUGUAUGUUAUACAAUUUUUGCACCCUGAGAAAAUAUACCGUUGAAUUAAAAAGAACAUUUUUUCAUUGCAUUCAACUUUUGUUGGCCAUCCUUAUAUAAGUUCUGCCCUUGAAUAAGCUCUACUCUUGAGGUACAAACAGUUGAAUAGAGCUGUAAGAGCUGUUAGGUGGUACUUAUUUUAUGAGUAAAUAUGGUUCAUCUCUUUUGUCAGACCAACAUACUUCUUCUUAAAGAGUAGGGUAUGAGGCUCUUAGUUUUUUUGGUCUGGUCUCAAUCUGUGCCACAUUUUAAAUUGCAUAAUAUUGACCAACAGCAAAACAUACUAACAAAAUGACUUGAAAAAUUGUAUAAUUGUGGUUUUUUUUUUACAGCAUAUUUGACUUGCAGAUGAGUAAUCCUGAUCCACUUCUGCCUUCUCUUCUUGAACGCACUCCAGCUGAUGAGUUGGACUUGGCUAAUCAAGAAGACCGUCAACUUCACAGGAUGCACUCCUUAUUUUCUAUUUAUCCUAUUCAGCAGGUAUCAAGAGAAAAUAUGAUCAUUGCUUCUAAUAGUCAUUGGCUUAGUUGUAAAAGGGAGAAUAUUAAGGAAACUGACAAUGUUCAUUGUAGAGGCCAACUUAGAGCCUUAGAAACAGAAAAAAUUCUGGUUCCUCAUGGGGUCUCAGAAUUUUUUUCUAUGUCCCGUGCUUAUGAUAAGAUGAAAAACAUCUUUAUAUCUUUACUGAGCUCAAAAUUAUCCUCUAUUUUAUUCUAUUUAUAGAUGAAAAAUAUGUUUAAUUAAGAAAGAGAUUUAUAAAUGUAUUCAGUGUAUGAUACAAACAUACUUGGCGUAAAAGAACUGAUACAGAAUGCACUUUCUUUAAGUUUACACAUGGGAUCUUCAAUUUUGGCUUAUGCUCUCCUAACAUCUCCCAUAGGUGAUACAUGUACAUGUAAGACAGUGAAACUAGUAGAAAGUGCUUCUUAUUGUGUGUUAAAACUGCUCACAACAGUCCCUAAUCCAAAUUGAGAAUUGUGAUUUGCUUUUUUUUCAAAAAACACGAAGUUCAUUUUCAAUAAUAAUAAAAAUAAACAAAGGAGAAAAUUAUGAGUUUCUUGCAAUAACCUUUCAGGAUAUUUAGUAGUGAAACCAUUCUUGGUAAAUUUUGCUUAUUUCAUGAAUGUCACUCAAAAACGGCAGUAGCUUACCCAGAAAUAAAAUGCUCAAGUACUGUAUAUCCUUGGUAUUAUUUUUCAAAUGAUAAUCAAAAAUGCUCAAUUUUUCAGUAUAAAGAUAAUUAUCUGUUGUCACUUGGAAAGUUUUUCUGCAGGCUCAACCACAACUGUUUAACAUUAAUUUUUAGCUCUCUGUUUGUCAAUUUUGGUUAAUUGUUUCUCGGUUUAAGCUAUCUGUUUUUGGACUUUGGUCAACUUUUAAAAUUUUUUGCUCUCCGUUUAAGUGGUUAUGGAAACUGUUUAAAUGCUUGAGUUAGCCAUUUAGUAUCCAUUUAAAACUGUUUUUUAGACUGUUUAACAGAAAAGUAUUAGUGUCCAUUUUCCCAUGGAGAGGUACAUUUUAUUUGGCUCAUUAUUGAAAAAUUCCUUUUUCACCCAUUAAAGGUUUUUUUUUUUGUAAUACUUGCUACUUUACCCUGUUUUUAAUUUCUUUUUUUACUUAGGAAGAAGGAAUAGAAAAGAGGAUUCCUGCCACCAUCCCUCAAGAGCAUUUUGGACAAAGAAUUCUGAUUAAAUGUCUUCAACUAAAGUAAGUGUAUAGAAGCCAUACUAAAGUAUAACUUUGCACUCAACUCUUUAAGGGCUUUACAAUUAUUGUGAAUUUUAUUCCAGAAAGUCUCAGGAAUUGAAUUAAAAUAUCAUUGCACUUUUGUUAAAGAUUUGAAACAGAUGACUUCCUUUGUAUUUUUGUUUAAUCUUUUGCCAAGCAACACUUUUUUUUCUGAAGCCAUUUUGAAGUGAUAUUAGCAAUUUUUAGAUUUUGAUAAAUUUGUUAUGCCGCAUUGAUAUUUUUUUAUUGGCUGGUCAGCUUGAAAAAAAAAACAAUCAGCUUUGAAAUAGGAGGUUAUAUUUGAAACUUUUUUAUUUUUCAGGCUUGAUUUAGAAGUGGAGCCAAUAUUUGCAUCAAUGGCUCUCUAUGAUGGAAGAGUCAAGAAAAAGGUGUGGUUCUUACUUAGAGUAGUAAUUAUAAGAUUUAUUAUUUGAAUCUUGGGGAAGAUUUUAGAUUUCAAGUACUUGGAAAAGACUAAAGAUGACAGAUGGUGAAAUUUAACCCCUUCUUGCCUCGGAGGGGGGGGGGGGAAUCCUGAUUCUGUCAUGGUCUAGAAACUGGGGUAGGGUGUAAGUUUCAAUAUUUAGGUCACUUUACCCUUUUCAUGUCAGGCUUGAGUCUGGAAUUAGGCCAAGUGACCUUUCUAGCUGGACCUUAUCUCUGUCGGUUUCUGUCGUAUGGAACAACUGGGAGUUUUCCUACUUCCUCUGGAUGGGAUGCAUUGGUCUAUCCCAAGUUACCCCAAGGCAUUAACUUUUGUCAGCUUUGCCUGACAGCUUAUUGGUACCCAUUUAUACUCACUGAUACCCUUGCAUACUCUGGUUGGAGAGAGACGUCACGAUAGUAAAGUGUCUUGUUCAAGAACAAAGACCCAGCUAAGUAUGAAGCCCAUGCAGAGUCCAGUACACCAUCUGUUGUGCCUCUUUGUCUCAACAUGCCUUUCCUCUUAACAGUAUGAAAAAUAGUUUAACUUUUGUUUAUUUUACUACAUGUAGAUCAUUCAUGACUGAAACAAGCUUUCUAACCAUAUACAACCCUUUGUUGUUGCUUUCUAACCAUAUACAACCCUUUGUUUAUUUUUGACAGAUUUCUGAGAAUUUUUACUUUGACAUGAACAGUGAAUGGUGCAAGAAGCUAGUGGAGGAGCAGAACCCUCGUGUGGAUAUUUCCACUCUCAGUCGUUCAGCAGUAUUUUCCAUUACCUACCCCUCCACUGAUGUGUUCCUUGUCAUCAAGCUUGAAAAAGUUCUACAACAGGGUGACAUUAGUGAAUGUGCAGAGCCGUAUAUGAAGGACACAGAAAAUCCUAAGGUCAGUUUUGGCAAGCUGAUCAAGACAGAAUUUCUCCUUACAAUAUCAAUACAAUAUCAAGCAGACAAGUGAUGGGAAUAAAGAAAUAUAUCAGUGAAGGGACUAUAAGUAGAUCCAAUACUAAAUUCUUUAAACUAACAUCUUAAGAACUGUAUGGCAGACAGUAAGGAGAAUUACUAAUGAGAUCUUGGGUGUUAAAGGGUUAACAGCAAUUUACAGCCUAUUGUUGAAAGUUAAUUUAGGAUUACAUUUUGUCUUGUUUUUACAUGGUUUUGGAAAACCGGUGAUGUCCAGGUUGCAAUGCAUACAUGUAUGUCUUCUUAAUCAAGGUCAGGGUCUGGGAGUCCAAUUUAUUUCCCACUCUGGAAACUGUGAAUAAGAAGAGUCACCUCGCAGAGUGUCUCCUGCUAAAUUCCCAUUCCCAUUCUCAUCCUCCCUGUUUGGUAUUGAAAAAUGUGGUUUGAGUUAUAGAGGGUAAAAAUUGCAUAAGAAAUGAUCGGAAGGGAAAUGAAAACUAUUGUGAGCUUUCAGCGUGAGGUUGGAGAUUGCAAGGUUUCUCUGAGUUAGCAGGAAUUUACUUUGUUUUAAAUCAGACCAGACUUGUUCAUGUGUGCUCUCCUGCAUUUGAGACCAGUUUAUUAAAUGUAUUUCCAACAAAAAAUAAUUUUGUUCCCUCUCAAGAUUUUCCAUUUUUUUUUUUUCAAACCAAGCAUAGAGAAAAAAUGCAAUCAGCUGCUGUGUUAAACUGUGAGGGGCUUGGCAACUAUUGCAUGCCUUUUGCAUCUUUCUCUGAUAGUCUUCCAUUUUUCCAUAUUUUUUUCAAAUCCAGCAUAAAGACAAAAUGCGAACAGCUGCUGUGUUAAACUGUGAGAGGCUUGGCAAGUAUCGCAUGCCUUUUGCGUGGACUGCAAUCCAUCUUAUAGACAUCAUAAGUGGAAACAAAGAUGGCAUUGAUCCAUUGGCAGCAACACCAACACCUGCAUCACAAGAAAAAGACACUUCUUCGGCUGGGACUUCUGUGCGCAGGGUAAUUAAUGUCAUAAAGAAAAAAAAUAACUUGACUGGUUUUCUCAGAAAUGUUAGUCUAAUAUAUACAACUUCCUAUGAACAAGUGAUUUCUUAAUGUACAUGAAAGAAUUAAAAGCUUCUGAUCGGCUGAAAACAAGUGCAUUUUUCGUGUAACACAAGUGCAAAGUUACAACACAGGUGGAAAUUACAAAUAGUGUGUGUGCACUGUCGAAAUAUUGUCUGUCUUGACUUUUUGUGAUACUUCAUUUAUUUAAAUUAUUAAUAAUUUUUUUAAAUAAGUAAUAACUUGAUUUUGUGUGCAAUUUGGAGUAAAUAAGCACUUGUAAAUUUUUUAAAGACUACAAAUUACCCUCGUUCUUUGUUUGUCUUUGAAAAAUUUAAGUGCUCUGGAGCUCAUGUUGUUACAUUCAUUGAUAUUCUGCAAUUGGACAAUGUAGGUAAAACAAAAUCCAUGAUCACGGUAAAAAAAUUUAAUGAAUAAAAAACAAAGAUGGCAUGAACUUUGUUUGUUAGUGGGGAAAAAAUCUUGAAAUCUGUUUCCAAAAGUGUGGCUUAACUCUGUAAAAAGUUCUCUCAGUGAGUGAUUCAUUUUCUUUUGGCAGCAGCUAUCUGGAAUGGCAGAAACACCACCUGUUGUGCCAAGAGGCAGCCGACGGAAGGACAGUGAAAGUGCCUCCAGCAGAAGUUCAGUGAUUGAGGCGCGCAAGUCGAUACAUCUGGCAGAUAUCGGUGAAUUUGAAGUUACUCCUGACUUGACAAACUUCAGGCCUGUUACACUUACUGUCAGUAGCUUUUUUAAACAGGUAACUGUAGCAACUAAUUUUUAACACUAUACAAGUGUACACCCUACCAUCAGUAUGCAUAUUCUCCAUACUGUUUCCAAUAUGUUUCCCAAGGUGCUGACAAGGAGAACUUGUUUAAGCACAAAGAGCAUCUUUAGUUGGUGAUCAUUUUCUUUAUUCUCGUUACCUUAAUGUUUGAUUCAGGGGUGAUAUUGUAAGGAGAAAUUAGAUCCUAGUCUUCCAGAGGUUGAAGGGUUAAAAUAAUAGCUCUCGUGCUGUUUUUCAAAUUGUCCGUCAAGUUGUGUUGAAAAGGAAAAGAUUACCUGGCAAUUUAUAAUUUACUUCAUGGCUUCUUUUCACUUAGUUUUGGGGAAGAAUAUGUCAGUGUUUUGAAUUGAAAUGUCAGAGCUGUCAGAAAGAGCCAGUAGCUGGUCAAAUUGGCUAGCAGGAUGGCCAUCUUUAGCCGGCCACUUUGGCCUCAUUUUAUUAUAAGUACUUUUGAAAACUUGUACAAUUAUUUCAUUUCAAAAUACCAUGGAAAAAAAAAUUGUGCAGCAGCCAUUCCCGAGGUUUAAAUGGGAUUUAAAUCACAGUUUACUGGUAACAGGUUCAAGUUAGUGAAUCAAUUCUAUUUAUUCAGAAUUUGAUAAAAGGUUUGUGCAAAAAUUCUAAGGAUGUAUGUGUGGGACAUUUUAGGGAAAUAGUUUCCAGUCUAAUCUGCAUAAUAGGAUAAAAUUACAAGGCAUUCUUUUGUGAUACUUAACAUAACUAUGACAGUUUUAGGAAUUAUGUUUUUAAAUGAUUUGGGAAUAUUAUGUUUUGAUCUUGAUCAGGAAUCUGAUAAACUAAAAGAUGAUGACUUGUAUAAAUUCUUGGCUGACCUCAAGAGACCCUCUUCAGUAUUAAAGCGUCUGAAGUGCAUACCAGGUAAUGCUGUUGAAGUGAUGUGGCUUUCUAUACUCGUAGGGGUUUCAGAAAAAAGCCAGUGUCAGUACUUGCAGUCUACUGCUGCCUACAAGGUCUCUAAUAAUGUGAAUGUCUUUGGAUCUUUUGAAAUGUCUUUGGAACUUUUCAGGCAUCUCUGGAUAUGAUGGGGUCUUUGAUGCUCUGAUUUAAAGAUAUUUUGCAGGUAUAUUAAAGGUGGCUGACAAUUUUAUUUUUAUUUUUUCUCCAAAGGAACCUUGAAGCUUGACAUCUCCCCACCUGGAGACAAACCACCAUACUGCUUAACUUCUGAGUUACAUCAGGUAUUGUUAUACUUGUACACUGAUUUAACUCCCAAGAUCUGAUUGUUGAUUCUCCCUUCUAGCUGCUACACAUUUCCAUACAAAUUAGUGAUGAGAAGUUGAUGUUAGAUUAAGAUAACAACUUUACCUGAUAAGUUUGAGUAUUCUCAUUACUUUUUUACUGUGCAAGGUAAGGAUAUUAAAGGGAGAAGUUACAUAUUAAUCACUGUUGUGUAUUAAAGCAUUAAAAGUACAGGAUCUCAUUGGUUACUUCAGGGUCAUAUGUGUCCCAACAAUAAAACUGUUUCUGGUCAAAAGUUCACGAGUAGGCAAAGUUGUAAAUAUAUGACAUCAGAGGGUAACAAAACUGUCACACCCAAAUGUUAACUGAUGAUCACAAUUAGGUUUGAAAAGAGUUGGAUUGGAGGUGGCUUGAUAGUUGGCUUGGCCCUGGCAAACAUUGAGAUUUUUGGGAAGCAGAGUCAACUGUUUCCUGUCUAAAUUCUUCUGUUUGAGCUCAGAGAUUUGCUAACCUUGUUUUUUUGGUCUGUACUGUCCUAGCCUGAGUAAGUUAUUGAACCUUGUUUUUUUCUGCCUGCAUGGAUUUAUGGCCUGUGUAUUUUGUGCUUGGUCGAUAAAUCUGAAUGGAAAAAAAAUUGGUCUAUGACUAACAGUAUGGACCCCAAACUAAGCUAGUAAGAGGGUUGUAUUUAUUCAGUCUUGUUAGAACACCAAAUUCUCUUGUUUUUCAGGUACAUCCAUAUCCAGAUGGGAAAGCAAGACCAACCAAAGAGAUAGAGGAGUUUGCACCUAAAGAAGUGUUUGCACCAUAUCUUACAUUCAAGUAAGAUGAAUGUAGUUCUUUGUAACCAGCUGUUUUGAUUAAUGAGGCAGAUCGCAUCAUUAACUUUGUCAAGUCUUACUCAAUGUACAACGGUUUGUGUUUUUUCAGGAACCUAAUGUAUGUAUACCCUUUGAGUGUCAAUUACACCAGUCGCAGCACAUCUGCCAGGAAUAUCGCAGUCAGAGUACAAUUCAUGGAUGGUGAAGACUUUGAUGCUUCUGCACUAGAGGUAAAUAAAUUUGCUACUGAUUCAGAAGCAAAUAUGUCUGUUAAUCUAAUAAUUAUGCUUUGUGGACAAUGAAGUUCUUUUGAUUUUUUGGCUCCUUGGUUUUCCAUUACAUUAAUUGUUAAAUUCCUGGAUCCUCAACCCUGACAAAGAGAACUUGUUUGAUGAUCAAGUGCUUCUUAAAUUGGUGAUCAAUUUCUUUAUUCUCAUGACCUUUACAUAUGGUUCAAAGGUGAUACUGUCAAGAGAAAUUAGAAGCCAGUCACUCUUAUGGGUUAAAGGGUUAAAAGAUGCCAGUACAUUUACAGCCCUUUCCCAUUUCUGAUUCCUUCAGCUUCAUGAAUGAGUCAAUUAGCAUUAGUAAUAAUUAUUGAAAUUCAGUACUAUGCCAGGAUGCAUUUAGCCUGGAGUGCAGGCAUCUCAUUAGGGUGAGCUAGCGUCAUAAGCUUGUGAUCAUUUAUCUGACUGGCCAUGUUUGAUUUGGAGUUAGAGUGGACAGUUAGGGGUAGGGGUGGGGGAAGGGGGCUGGGGAAGGGCAAGAAUCUUCACACCCCCACCCCUCUCCUUGUUUUUGACCUUGGUACAAAUUUCUUUCUCUGUUCAGUCCAGCCUUCUGGUGCCAUUGAAAUAAAAAAUAGGGGCCAUAAUUUUCUUUAAGAAAAUACCAAGCUCUUGCUUGCCAAAGUUAUGCCAGCUCUGCAAGCUAGGAUGCCUUCUCCUGCACUCGCUGCAGGCAGAUUUGCACAUCAAGGAUUGGUCUUCAUGCGCAUAUGAGGUGCACUUAAACACCAUCCAGUGACCUGUCCUGUCCUCUCAUUUAUGUCUAGAGACAGGAGAUGCCAUCAUUCUAUGAAUACCCUUUGUCCUUGAAAUUAGCCAAACAGUUACUUUAGUUGUUCCUUUUAUUUUUUUCUAGUGUGUGUUUGGCAAGUCAAGUGGUGCUGCUAUGCAGAAAGAUGCUUGGUCACCAGUAACUUACCACAAUAAGUGAGUCACUGCUUAACUUGUGUGUCACAACAUAACUUGCUUUUUGUUGAACUUAUAUUUUCUCAAAAAUUCAAUCAUUCUACCUAAAGAUUGCUUCAAUUUUACUUCUGAAUCUAUUCAAUGUACUAAACAUUUUAGCCAAUAUCUUUUUACCCUGGAAGUUUGAAAAAUUGGGAUUUCCACAUUGGUGGUAUUUUAGGGAAACUAUUCUUCUACACAUACUGAUACUUUUUCACACAGAGAAAUCAGGUCAGCCAUUUUAUGUCACUAAAAAUAAACAACUGAGAUGCAAUGGGCAAGUUUCCAAGAAAUAAGAUUGGCAAGCAUUCAAUUUACAAAUAAUUCAAUGGUAUAAAUAUGUUACUGGUUGAUUUGUUGAUAUGUCAACGAAAAAUCAGCAGUUGAAAGGUGGUCAAGACUUUUUUUAUGCAUUAAAUACACUGAAAAUAAUUUUCUGUUUGUUGAUCGAAGGUGCCCGGACUUCUAUGAAGAAGUGAAGAUCAAAUUACCAGCAAAUCUCACAGAUCAACAUCACCUGCUGUUCACAUUUUAUCACAUCAGCUGUUCAACUGGGAAGAAGCUUGAAGAGAAGGGACCAGUUGAAACACCCAUAGGAUAUACAGUAUGAAAAGUGCUUUGUAAUUUUAUUAUCUUUUCUACAGGUUUUGUCUUCAUUUGACAUCCGUUUCAAUCUCUGGGCCUCUUCGUUUUCUAUUUAAUCAAUCCUUUAACUUCCAAGAUCUGAUUGUUAAUUCUCCCCUCUAACUGCUACACAUUUUCUUGUAAAUUAUUUGUGAGAAUUUGGUGGUAUAUCAAUAUUACAAUUUCUGCCUGAUGAGUUUUAGUAUUCUCAUCACCUGUUUGCCAGAUAAUGUAUGGAUAUUAUGGGGAGAAGUUACAUGCUAAUCACUUCUGGGAUUUAAAGGGUUGAAUCAUGUCCUCUGCAUAAGCAUUAGUGUUGUCUUGGCACUUGGUAGAUAAGUUUUAGAUUAGAAGAGUUUUUCAUUUUGAACAAACUGAAAUUUUUCACAGUAAUUUUCUUCUAAUGGCACAAAUGGCUUAAUCAAAAAACUCAGUAGGAAAUAAAUAAUUUCUUUCAUGAGUUAACCUUAGGAUUUUUCCUUUCAGUGGAUCCCUGCAAUAAAGGAAGGCCGUCUAAAUCUGGGCGAAUUCCAUCUUCCUGUUUCUUUGGAAAAGCCACCUACAAGUUACAGUGUGUUGUCACCAGAAGUGAGUUCUGUGGUUUUAAACAAUGCAUACGAGCUUGCCGUGAUAAUUAUAAUUUAAUAAACAAUGUACUAGUGCAAUCGUCAAUUGAAGGUCGAAAUUGAAUCGGGAUUGCGUUGGUUUUGCUUUAUUGCGCACUGUGAUUGGUCCUGAAACCUUGCGCCAUCCCCUCAACCAAUCAGAUGCAAAGUUAAAAGCAAGCACAACUUGGUCGCUCGCGUUUUCCCGCGCUUUUGGCAGUUGGGUUUUUAUUUUUAGUUCACAUUGGCCCGAUAGGCAUUUUUCUUUGUUUUGAUUAGCCGUUGCGAAUGCUUUUUACACCACUCAAUUGAGAAGCGCUCUUUUAGCUUCGUGCACUAAUUUGUGUGUUUAUUUUUGCUAUUUGAAGGUGCAACUUCCCGGUAUAAAAUGGUUAGAGAGCCAUAAGGGUGUAUUUCAUGUUGCCGUCAGGGCUGUCUCUUCCAUUUACACACAGGUAAUUUUUAUAACUUUUACUUAAGUUAUUAUGGACCAGUGUUAAUAUCUGAGCAACUUUGUACCUACCCCUUCCCCGGUAACAAGUUGUGGUUAGUGUUGGGUUAGGGGAGGAGUAGGUGUGCAGUUUCUCUGACACUGACAGUGAUUGAUCAAAAUGAAUGCUGUAUUUUUCUUGCUGUGCAGUAUUUCAUUUCCAUGUUUAUUCUUUUUUCAGGAUAUUCCCAUUCAUAAAUUUCUAAAGAUCUGUCACCAGAUCGAAGGACGUGUUGCAUCAUCACCAACUCGUACCUCAGAGGGAAACCUGGAAUCUGUUUUGCGAAAAAGCAUAGUUGACUUGUCCAAGGCAAGAGAAGAACCUCUCGUGAGGUUCUUGUACCUGAUUCUGGAUAAGCUUAUUUUGCUGCUUGUCAGACCACCAAUAAUUUCAGGGACUGUAGGUAAAGAGAAUUUAGAAUAUCCAUCCAUUGAGGCACAUUGCGAUUAAGUAUGGUUAAACAAAACCUAAGUUAUUACAAUGGCUAAUUAGAGCAGCAAUUUCACAACGCGCUUAGGUAUCUCUUGUUGAAUAGCGCCGGGCUGCCGUGCGGGAGGUCAAAGGUUCAAGCCCCAGACCGGACCAACAUUCAGGGUCUUAAUAACUGAGGAAAAUGUGCUACCUUUGCUAUGACAUCAUAUAAUUAAACAUUCUAGUCUCUGAUAAGGACGAGAAACCUUUACAUCUUCUCAGUGCUAGUGAGUAGAAAACGUAGUUCUUAGCGUUAUGAUCUGGCCUCGUUAUUGUUUAUAUAUCUUUUUUUUACAAUGGGCCAGCCUGUCUAAAUUUCGAAAAAAAAAAUCAAUAAAUAAAGAGGAGCUUGAAGUAGAAACAAGCUAACUUUCCAAAUGAAAAUGUCGGUGACCAAGUAUCUUAAACCUCAAACCUCAAAUAUUAAAUUUUAUUUAAUUCCAAGUCUUAUUUUUCUUUUGUUGAUGGAUUAUUUUCUUUCCCUUAGUAAACAUUGGACAAUCAGCUUUUGAGUCGUUAACGCAGAUUGUCCAUCGACUUCAUGUGCUGUUAGAGAACAGCCAGGAUGAACACGGCCGUAAUCAGCUGCUGGCUUCAUACAUCACUUAUGUCUUCUCUGCUCCUUACAAUCACUCUCCACCAUCAUCACCUGAUCAUUAUGCAGGUUGGCUAUUGUAUUCCUUCUAUUAUUUGGUUAUCAGCGAUGGUAUCGAUGGUAUAAUAGUCAGUGCACUGGACUCUGAAUCGAGAGGCUCGGGUUCAGGACCUGGCCGGGUCACUGUGUUGUAUUCUUGGAAAACACUCUACUCUCAGUGCCUCUCACCAUCCAGGAGUAUAAAUAGUUAAUGGUCAGCGGAAUGUCAGGGAAGCCUGAUGAAAUGCUAGGGGGUAAUUGCUUUGAAACGAGGUCUUUUUGGGUGGGUCAUAUGGGUUGAGUACAGACCAAUUUACCUACCAAUUUGCUCCUUCCCAUCGCAAAAACAUUAAUGAUAAUGGUAGUGUGUUUUAUAUCAAUAUUCUCGCAUAUACAUGAAUUACAAUGUUGUUACAUUAAAUUUUAAAAAUAAAAUUUAGAGAUAUGUUAUUAUAAUUUAACUAUGUAAUGUACGAUUGAUUAUUAAAAGAUAAAUUGUACUUGGAAAAAAAAACCACGACGUAAUCAGGCUUCCCGUUCUAUACCUCUUUGAUAUUGUAUGGUUCUUUGUGUUUCUCGUUUGGUGAUGGCGCGCCGACACCUUCGUCGAGGGGGAAUGUUUGGAGAGUGGGCCCCCUCUUGGUAUCUUUUAAGGUGUAUUCAAACAAAGUUAACUUCGUCUUUCAUCCUAGAACCAUCACGUUCAGCGAGUAUACCAGUUGGGCUACAAAGUAAAGCAAGACAGAAGAUGUCAAGCAGUAAUCCUCAGCUAAACUCAGCGGAUGAGCAGCAACCUUCAUAUACAACUGGAAAGUGGGUGGAUGAGGAAGAGGAACCAAGGAUGGCUGAGGUGAUGAACUUGCCUGGCAACAGGAGCAGUAUGGCAGAGUCUCGUCCCAGCUCCCUGGCUGUUCCUGGUCUUGUUCUUGGCAGCAGUAAUAACAGGAAGGUAUGCAACAGUGAUUUUAACUUUUUUUUUUCAUUAUUGUUAUUAUCAUCAUUAAUAUUAUUAUUAUUAUUAUCAUCAUUUUUAUAAUUUUUGUUAAUAAUAUAUCAGCCUUCAAUUCUUUAUUGCUAAAUUUUAGCCUAGAUAAAUCUUACGUAUUUGAAUCAAAGUCAACAGAUUUUUAAAUAUAUUUAGUUUUUUUUCCCCUAGCAAACACACUUGUAAUGUAUUCGUAUUCAAAAUUUUAUUGUUAUCCGACAACAUAUGUAACAAUUAUAUAAUUAUAGAUUCCAUUGUAAAUAGAUAUAAGCACUUGAAAUAUUAUGGUGCGCGUGUACUACAGCGCUCAUGAGGGCCUUUUCGCAGGCUGAUGUGAACCUCAAAUGCGGCAGAGCUCAAAACAAGUUCUCUAUGGCUCUACUAGUAGAGCAUCCCACCAUAAAAUCUAACCUGACUUAGAUUUAGAUCCUUGCAGGAAACCAAGGUUAUUACGAUGAUGUUCAGAAUCUUUUUGUAUGAAAUUUCUUUUUUUUUCAAUAGCUGGUGCAUGAGGAGUUGGCUUUGCAAUGGGCUGUGGCUUCUGGACCUGUCAGAGAACUAGCAAUGGGUCAUGCUUGGUUCUUUUUUGAUCUGAUGGUAAGUUGACUUACGCGAUUAUUUUCACUUGAAUGUGGUACAAAGAAGGAACAUUAGAACUUAAAAUAAACAGUUUUAACUCAAAGAAAAAUUUUAGUGUCGUAAAACCGUUAUUAAUCUAUGAGAACUUAAGGCGAAAACAAGCAAGAGAAUCUGAUUUUAUCAACGGAGUUGUUAAUGUAAAUUGGUCAUCGUAAAGAGUUUCUAAAGCUGACGUCUCGAGCGUCAGCCCUUCGACGGAGUGAAUGGAGGAAUUGUGGGUUAUGAGUGGGUUAUAUACAGAAAGAUGGAGCUGGGCUAUUUUUGGGCGCAUGGUAACGAGCAAUACACAAGAAUGAAUUAAUAAAGGAAGGUAAGUUUUAAAGUAACUGUGGUGGGAGAUUAUAACAGGGUAAUUUGGUAUUAUAAACUUAGUUGAUAACGUAAAUUGCCCACCUUUAAGAGUUUACUUUAUCAACUCUGUUGAUAUUAUCAAAUUGCCGUACAAGAAUAAAUUAGUUGAAUGAAAACUGUUUGUUAAUACAGUGGGUUUUAGGAGGACUGAUUUGAAAAUAAUUUUUCCUAGAUUUCCUCGGUUUUCCGAACUGUUUAGAGUAGGAAAGGGCCACAGACUGCCAUAUGUGGCUUUAUUAACAUUGUUCUCACACUUUCGUGCUUUACCUCCUUUCUUGUUGUCACUAUUUAUCAUAAUUAGCAUUGUUCUACUUACUAUAUAAUUCAACUUUCAACGAUUUGUACAGUAAUUAACUGAAGAUGACAGAAGUUUCUGUCAAAACGAUUUACAAACUCAAAAGUUUUGUAGCUUUCUUUAAAAUAUUGUAAAACCCAGGAACACAGUUUCUAAAAAAAACUUAUCCCUUUAUUGAAACGAGGAAACUACCAAUUGCAAGUUGAGAUUGGAUUUAGUUUUGUUCCUGAUAGGUUAAGAGUUUGGUUUGACUCUCUUGACUAUCACAGUGUGAACUGAAUUUUAGAGGAAAAACAUCACAAUCCCAUUACCUGAGACAAUCCUUUGAAAAUCGGUACAAAAAGGUGAUUCAUUACGAUGUAUUUUUACGAUAUUCACAGUUUAAGAGUAUGGCACAAUACCUGGAAAACACAGAUAAGUUUUUCUGGACAAGAAAAAGCAGGUUUCCUGAUCAGUUUUUAGGUGACAUACGUGCGAUGGUCAAUUCUACAGUUUUUGAGAUCAUUGGCAAGCUUGAGGUAAGAUUUGCCAAAUUUAUUGUCACUUAUGUCUUUGUGUCACCUUUUUGUGGAAGAAGUUUCAGUGAUGGACGUGUUGUAGUCAUUAUUUUCAAGCCUAAGUAUCUGUAUGCGAGCAAAAAGCGCACCUAUCCCUCCCCUAACCUAACAUUAACCCCAACUUCUAAUCAGUUGACUUUUGUUGACUUAUGGGAGGGGUAGGUGUGCAUUUGCUAAGAUAGUGACAUUGAUCUGUAUAUCCACGCUAAAAAAUAAGAAUUAUUUGUUUUUUUUUACAAAGAAAUAGAAAAUCUAUUUAUUCCCCUGGGUUCACUCUUGGUUUAAGUUUCGACAUUGUUGGGGGGGGGUGUUGGGGGGGUGUUGGGUUGGGGUGGGGUGGGGUGGGGGGGGGGGGUGUCAGGGGAAUAGAUUUGUAAGGUUACUCUUUUGAGGAACAUUUGAAAUAAAACUUCAAUUUGUAAAUAGACGAAAAAUAUCUUUCUCUUUUUCUUUACCGAGGUCGAAACUUUCCAUCUCUCUUAUUCUAUUUCCAAACAUGACGCUAUCGACACUGCUGAUCCUAGCAGUAUGCAGGACGCGUCUGAUAUGAACUUCGUAAUACACUUCGCUCACCGUAGAGUCUCUGUGGCUCAGUGGUAGAGCAUCAGAGCGAGGAAUUCGGAGGUCUGAAGUUCAAUUCCUCAUGAGGACUCAAAAUAUUUACUUUGUUUUACACUCGUGACAAGAAGAAAAAUAGCUUUCUCCAAAACUGCAAUAUAUAAACAACAAUGAUGCUGGAAUAGGGUCGUGUUCCCAACAUUUUUGGCUGAGAUUGGAGAUACGUGUGUUGUGACAAGAAUAUUCAUGCCUUUUCCUUGAGGGGCUUUGUUUUUUUUACAUCCGUUGCCCUCCACUUAAGAAUCCUCCAUUCUUGUUCACACUCUCUAUGAAUUAUUUUGAUUUUAUGGCUUUCAGCUUUAAGCUUUCAGCAACUCCUCUCACCGAGGCUUGGUUGAGUGAAGGGAAUAAGAUGAGAAGCACAAAGUUAAACAACUUACUUGACAUUACUUCUUCGUAUAUGAUAUUUUUAUAGUUUAUUUUCUCUACAGAUUGUCUCAAUUUUUUUUCGUUUGAAUUGUAGGAUUUUACCCUCUGCCGGCGGCUGAACUCCAGUUUAGCCUUCUUCUUGUACGAUCUUUUGUCCUUGAUCGACAGAGGCUUUGUGUAUGAGCUUAUCAGGCAUUACUUUAGAGAGGUAUGCAAACAUCUCGCUAAAGCCCGUCUCCUGGCUUUGUCGAAGUCUUUGGGGGGGGGGGGGGGGGGUAGGGGGUUUAAUGUUGAUGAAAAAAAGAAAUUUUUAAUCACCGUAUUUCCUCGAAUAAGCGCCCACACCCUAGGCCACAAUGUCAAACAAGCGCCCCCUUCGAAUAACCGCCCCCCUCUAUUUCCUAACUUUCUUAACUAGUAGGGAUACAAGGAAAAGUUGUUUCUACUUCCACUUUAUUAAUAACUUUUUAAGCUUCAACUACAGCGGGAUCAGCACAAGUUCAUUGUUUCUUUUUCGUUCAGUUACUUCCAGCUAUUCCUAUCUCCCUGCGCUUGCAUAGUUCGUUUAUGUGCGUCAUGUCUUUAUGUCUGUUUUUUUCCUAUUGCCACGCAAGAAUUUUGGUGUCGGACAGGUAACAACAAGACGGAGAAACAUCCUUCCAAAAGUUCUCCUUCUCCAGUGCAGGGUUAAGUGUUAGACUAAAAUAAUUCCUAUUACUUUUCAUUAGAUGCAUUAUCAAGCCACCAAUGAGACCAAUGAGCCAGCAGCGAACCAGCUAAGACUCGAGUUCCUGAGGAUCGUUUGCAGCCAUGAGCACUACGUGACCCUCAAUUUGCCAUUCCCAUGUCCCCUCUUCCCCACUCCUCCCUCAUCACCUACAGCUUCUGUCUCGUCAAUCGACUCGGCCAUGUCUACCUACACCUUAGUGAUCGGCAACAGUAUGGCGGAACUUUCAACACCUUUUAGACAGCAGCAUUUCCUGGCUGGUCUGGUGCUAUCUGAACUGGCUCUGGCUUUGGAAGGAGGGUGAGGAACUGCUCAUUAUUUAUUAUGGAGGGGGUCCGGAUGAUUUUGGUUUUGUCACGAUUCUCCCCUCUCUCUCCCCUCACCCCUCGUUGGCAGUCAACUUUUGUACUUUGUUAGCGACGACUGAUCUCCAUUCCCUUUGAAAACUGCGUGAUCCCCUCAAAGCCUCCGACCUCCUUAAUGACGGGUGUCUAAUGUUUUAAAUGUUGGUCAGAGUGUAUUUCUAUAAGUGUCGUGAAACUAAACCCUGAGUACUCACAACAGCCGGUUGAAGAGAAGGAAAAUACCCAAGAAACUACAUUCAGGCCGCAGUUGUUCGAAGUGUGGAGAAUGCUAUCCAUCGGAUAAAUCUCUAUUUGGUGGAUAUGCAGUACGUUUUGAUAAGCCGCUGGAUAGCAAUUUCUCGGUUCAGCUCCUGUCUCCUGCCCUUGGUGGAUAGCGCACUUCAUAUUGUUAACACUUAUCCGCUGGAUUGCGUCUUUUUGAAUAGAUAGCAUUAUUCAACUUUGAACAACUGUGCCCUGAUGGUUAGAUAUUGAUUAGUUGGUUUUUCCUUUUAUCGUCGCAAAACCAAGCCCUAAAUUCUCACAGCAACUGGUGAUUUUUUCCAACAGCAUACAAACUUUCUGUUGUUGAUUUUUUUUCUAGGGACAUGACCAUAAUAUGCCAAGCUAUAGACACCACACGUGAUCUAAUAGCCUGUCAUGACUCAGACACCCGCUAUGAUAACGUCUCCUGUCGCUCAGCCGUGGCGGCUCUCUAUCUACCCAUUGCUGGACUGGUGGUAGGAGCCUUACACCAGCUACAUGGGUAUGGUACCAAGGACAACUUCAGCUUCACCCCUGAUGUUGCCAUGGCGAUAGCCACGUCCAGUGUAUCAACCUUAAAGGGAUCUGAUGACAGCAGGAGUGAAUUUUCAUCGCAGGUUGUUAGAAAGUUCAUGAAAACCUUUCAUUUCUUUUUCAUUUUCUUAAUCUUACAAGACUGCCAUAUUAGUUGAGCUAGGUGCUACGGAAGUUUAACAGCUACGUUUUGACGUUAAAAUCGUUGCUCUGUUUCCAGUAGCAACGUGUUGUUUGAAUUCUCUUGGCGGGCUUUCACGUUUGAUUGUUGGUGGCGCACAGCCCUUGAGGUUCGGUUACCAUUGGAAACAAGGAAGGUUGCUCGGAAGAACACUGUUAUUUUACCAUCAAAACCUUGUCACCCAACUUUUCUGCGCCUAACUCAACUGAUAAUCGUAGUAUUCAGGUGCGAAAGCUUUUUAACCCGUUACUUUCAAGAUUUGGAAGCAGAUUUUCUUAACUGAUGACCACACCAUUUUGGUUGGUUGUUCGGGAGAAUUUUCUGUUGGAUCAACACAACAACGAUGACGAUUGCUCUUUUUUAAGAUCUUUAUGCUCGACAGUGUAUUGUUAUAAUAAGGCGAAUUCUUCGAAUGAUUACUCUUAGUAAUGAAAAGUUUAAUUUUACAGAUGACACAGUUUAUCUCAAAAACUCAAUUCCAUCAUUAUUUUAAAUUGAGUUAAUUUGGUUUUAACAACUGAGUUGAGAAUGUAAAUGGCACCGUGUGGACUUUCUAAAGCUGACGUUUCAAGCGUUAACCCCUUUUCUUUCGCUCUGACGAAUGGCAAACGCUUUUUAGACCUCCACUGCUACCGACGUAAUCCCACAUUUUCUUUAUAAACUUAGUUCCUUUAUUAUUGUAAAUUAAGAUACGUUUAACUGAUCGUGUUGGUAGUGAACACGGUUAUAGAUAUCCAACAGCAUAGAGGGACUCCUUCGUGAGACGAAAGAACAAAAGUUUUGGUAGAUUUUGAUGUUGCACCGCCUCACUUGCUUGUGAUACUCUGCUUUGUUGUACAGAAAAGUAAACCACAGCAGCUGAGCCUCGAAGCUACCAGAAACCUGUUGGUAUGUCUGUUGUGGGUGCUGAAGAACAUGGCUAGUGACGUGCUAAGAGAUUGGUGGGCUGACCAACAACCUGCUAAGUAUGUUACCAAUUCGCAUUUCCCAGUACGCAUUAGUCGCUUCACCUAGCCUGUUCCAGGAGUCAAUGACACGGAGCGAAUUCGUAACGGCGCAGUAGUAGCGGCAGCGCGAAAUGAAUGAGGUCUAGGUCGGGUUAUUAAGAGACCAGACCCAAACCUCCCUCGGUUAUUUUGCUUUCUCCUCUAUAACUGCGCCGUGUUCUGUCCGCCGCCUGGUUAGCUAAGUUGGUAGAGCGCCAGUCUGCUGUGCGGGAGGUCGAGGGUUCGAGCCCCAGACCGGACCAACACUCAGGGUCUUAAAAUAACUGAGGAGAAUGUGCUGCCUUUGUAAUUGUACCAGCAAAUGGUUAGACAUUCAAGUCUUCUCGGAUAAGGACUAUAAACCGUAGGCCCCGUCUCCUGCAUCUUCAGUGUUACAUGGUCAGCAGGGGACGUUAAAGAACCCACACACUUGUCGAAAAGAGUAGGGGGCGUAGUUCCCGGUGUGGUGGUCUAUCUGUUGUUUCAUUGUACAUUUCAUGCAUGGGCUGGGUGGGUGAGUGAGAUCAAAUAUGGACUGAUAGUGGCAGCCAGAGGCGCCUUUACAAGCUGACGUUCGAUCUCACUCAAUUAGAAUUGUAAACCGCCUUGAGACAGUAUGUGAUAUGUGCGGUAUAUAAAUACACAUUCAUUCAUUCAUUCUGUCGUUCUUCGUUUUACCCACUGAACUCUUAGAACAGGCUACCUAACCUCAAUGACUGUUCACUUUCACCCAGAUGGGCCUCAAAGGGAUUGUUUUUAAAUUGGGCCUCCCUUUCAUACGCUUCCUCUGUAAUCGGUCACCGAAAACGACUUUCCGUUUUGGGGUAAAGUUUUUGAUAAGUGUAUGAGGAGCGCGGAAUCAGAAGAUUUGAGGUUCUUUUCCUCAUGAGACUCGGAACUAUUUUAUUGUCUGGUGCUCGUGACAAAACGAAAAACAUCUUUCUCCUUUUCGUUUUGGAGCUUCAAAAUCAUGAUGUCUUUCAGUUUAAGAGUUAGGUGGUUAAAACUGCCGUAAACCAUUUUUAUCGUUGUACCAUUUCAGACUUGGCUUGCUGCUGGACGUUCUUCGGCUGUGCAUCACUCUGUUUGAAUAUGGCGGCAAGGUGCAGAAGUCUUCACAGUUUCAAACUGUGCCAAGACCGAAGGCGCAGCAGGAUGCAAAAGCAAAAAUAGAAGAGAUGUUACUUGGAAAUAAGGGAGCCGCGAGAGAAAUGAUGCAGCGACAUAGCAGAGUGAUGUUAGGUAACAAAACGAAAUGAUUAAAGAAAGACAUAAACGUUUGCCACAAAGGGUAACACGAAAGAAUCCUUGGAUUGCUCUGCUUGGAUUGCAUUACUUGGAUUGCACCUUGGAUUGCUUUUGUAGGGCAUCAGAGUUUGUCUUCAUUCCGCCCUUGGAUAACAUUAUUCGUAAACAAACAGAUUCAUUUCCAAAGAAAACGCUGCUUUGCAGAGCUUGACAAAUGAAGCAUUUGAAAAUUGUUCGCCGCAACAAGUUGACGUACUUAGGAGCAGAAAAAAAAACAUACAAAUCCGCAAAAUUAAACUACUGCAAAACUUUCGUGCAACACAUUAAAAUAUUCCCUCGGUUUAAACUAUUUCGUGUUUUGUUUCCAAACAGAAAAAGGCCAGUCACCAACCCCUGAGGCUCGAUUAAGAUGGCGAAAGGAUCAAACACAAUGGAGACAGGCUACGGAACAACAAGACAGGUACACACCGAAAACGUUUCAAUAAACCCCAGGGGGCUGACAAGUCCGGGGGAUCUACGGAGGUUAUUUCAGAGAAGGGCUCAUUGAAGGGUGUGGGUUUACAAGAGAGGGAAACCUCUUGGAGAGGAAGGUUUACUAGAGUUUAUCAGGGAGAAGAGCUCUUUAGAUAGAGUGGCUUAUCAGAGAAUCUUUAUGGUAUUCGUUUUAUUCCUUGUAGUUAAAUCACUCUCGCCAAUUUUUAUUUGUUUCGUUGUCUCCCGUAAAGAGUGCGUCCUGAAGUUGAGGUCAAUGCUCAAAUCGAAGGAGGGCUUGCUGCUGAAGUCAGCACCAUUGUUCUUGAUACACUUGAGCACUUGGUACAGGUCAGUGUUGAUUACCUGUUAACGCCUGCGUCGCAAGAGGGGGUUGGGUGCCCAUGGGCCAGAGGGCUGCUACCUUAAUUACACCCCAAGGCGAAAGAACACCCACAGGCAUACCAACCCGCAACCCGAGCCCCCCACUAUAGCACCCGUCACACUGAGGCCAGAAGCCCAGUGGAAAUAAAAUGCACAAACCCCCGAAACAAGGAAAAAAAUCCCGGGAAGGAGGGGGAGACCUUAAACCAAGAAAGCGGAGGGAGGGAGGGAGGGAGGGAGGGAGGGGGGGAGGGGAACCAAGAGAAACGCUACGCUACUAGAACGUCACACCACGCCACGCUAACAAAGCUUCUAGUACAACGCAAACAAAACGUAGGCACAUGGCCUGCGUAUGCACCAUAACAACAUACCACUGAACAGGAAUUUGCCCCCAUGCUCUCAAUGGUAAACGCUACAAACGCAGACAUAGUUACGCAACAGCACUACAAACGGCCAACACGCCACCAAAGAACGCCAAAAACACUCGCGACCAUAGCUCCUAGUCGUUAAUUACGUUAAAUAUGAUUUAAUAGUAUUCAGCUACUUUGAAUCAAGAGAAAAUGAGGCAGCAUAUGAGAUGGCUCUUGAUCCAGGCCUUGAAAUAUGUUACUCCCCCUAAAGUUGUUUUUGGGUUUUCUUACCAUGGCCUUUAAGACGUCUGCAUUAAGGCUUAAAUGACUGCAAUGUGAGAUCCUGUUCUUUGUCGUUGGAUAGUAUUUAAGCGGAAACUUUGUCUUUCAGACCGUGUCUUCCUCAGAGUCUCUGCGUGUUGUAUUGAGUGGAAUCCUGCGGGUUUUACUCCAUUCUUUGAGCUAUAACCAGAGUGAAAGAGUCUUGCAGAACAUAUUUGCAACUCAAAGAUCAAUUGUCUAUAAGGUAACUUAACUACCUCCACGAGACUAUGAAUAGAAACCUUAACAUCUGAAAUAGCUUUUUCUUUGGUUAGUUAGCUGAUGUCUGCAUUGUUUUGUCGAGACAUAGGUGUUGCAUGUAGAUUGUUAACAUACUGCUCUCUUUUCUUUUCAGUUCCCAGAGCUAUUGUUUGAAGAUGACACAGAGCUUUGUGCAGACUUGUGUUCCAGACUCUUAAACCAUUGCAGCUCGGCUCUUAGUAGUAUUCGGGCUCAGGCCAGCGCGUCACUCUAUCUCCUCAUGCGACAGAAUUUUGAAAUAGGAAAUGUAAGUUGUAACUGAUUGUUGGACACUGAUUUUAAAUAGUGCUGCUGCUUUUUUUUUUUCUCCAUUGCUGGUAAACUGUGGUUGAAGAGUAUUGGGCUUCCAUAAUGUGUGGGAGACGCGCUUGGCGAAGUGGUUUCGUUCGUGGGCCUGUUUCUUGAAAGUUCCGCGAACCUAACGGGCCUGAGGUCAUAAUUAUUUUAAAGUUUAAGCCGAAAAAAAGUAGUGCGUAGUUUUGCUAAACAGCUUGUCCUUUUUGCUUCGUUGUCUCGCAUAUUUAUUGUUUGAAUUUCAAAUCCAUUUUUACAUCGAUUUGUUAUGUAAACGGAACAAAAUUUGAAAGAAAGAGCAGCUUUUCAUAACCGGUAACUACAAGGACGUUUUAGUAAACGGGCUCCUGGACUCCAGAUCAGAUGGAACAGGUUUUGAGCUCUGGUGGGUCGUUGUCGCAUUGACCGGCCAGUUUUCAAACGUAGAGUUGUCCUGGGUAGGACGCUUUCCCCUUACAGUACCUCUCUUCGCCGAGGGUUAUCGAUGAUGACUACUUACAAACUUAGUAGGUAAUCUGAUGAAUUGCGUUAGGGUGACGAUGGACGAGUUUUCCAUCUGGAAGGAGGGCAAUACUUCAAGUUGCUUCAGGAACCGGGAUAAGCUCCUUGGCCUACUUGGAUACUAAGACUUAAGCUUAAUCCUACACAAAGUGCUGCGAUUGAGAGUUAAACAGAGGACUUUCUGGUGUUUCGAUAAUUUUAUUUUAUCAUCUGAGUUGAUUAUGAAAAUUGGCCUUCGUAAAGAGUUUCUAAAGCUGUUGUUUGGAGCGUUAGCCCCUCGUCAGACGAAGACGCUCUAACGAAGGGUUAACGCUGGAAACGUUGGCUUCAGAAACUCUUUACGAUGACUAAUAUACAUCAUAAAUUCAGUUGCUAAAACCAAAUGAUCAUGUUAUACCUCCCCCCUCCCCCCUCACACACACAAGGCAGCAGCACAGUUUCCUUAGGACCUUAUCCCUAAUACUGGUUUUUCUUUGUACGAACGACUAUUCUGUAGAAUUUUGCAAGGGUCAAGAUGCAAGUUACAAUGUCACUUUCCAGUCUUGUUGGCACUUCACAAGUGAGUUCAUAAAUGAUUUUGUUUUGGCUUCUUUGUGCAGUUAACUACAAUUUAGUUUGCCAGGUGUACAGUUAUAAGUGGUUUCGACUGUUAGUUGAGCUUUAUUUUAGAUUAUGAAAUUUUUUAAUGAUUAAUAAACGCUUUUGUGAUGGGUUGUUAACGCUUUGCUCGGCGCAGUAACCGCGAAACUCUCUUUCUUUGCUUGCAGGCAUUUAAUGAAGAUCACCUCCGUCGAUCAUUGAAAACAAUUAUUACUUACGCUGAAUCAGACCAGGAGCUACGAACGAGCACUUUUCCGGAUCAGGUGAAUGUUUUCACAGCUAUUUUCACGGACAUUGAAGCUAUUUUAAAAGUGUACCUAUGAAAGUGGUUGGAAAUUUCAAAGAGUUAUUCAACUUAUUGAAAAUUCUCUUCAAAUUUCCUAAAAGUUCGAUUGUGGAUACCCCCGCUCUAAACAUUAAUAGCCACACAUACCAAAUCACAACGCGCAAUUCACGGACAGAUUUUGCUCUAGUUACUGCAAAUACUCAUCACUUAAGUCAAGAAUUUCUUUUUGUCUAGCUUCUUAUGGAGAGGAGGAAAAACAAAGGACUCCGUUUGCAUACUCAAUGGAUUGUGUUUUGUCGCUCUCUUACCUUUGGGUUGUUACUCUAAUCAUUCUUAUACUGGGAUAGAAAUAAAUCUCAUAUUUCUCCUAGGUGCGGGAGUUGGUGUUCAAUCUUCACAUGAUUCUGUCGGACACAGUUAAGAUGAAAGAGUUUCAAGAGGUACAAUUUUUAGUUCCUGUUGUACACGUUUUUGAUGGAUUCCUUCAGUUCCUGCUGUGAAGGCGUUUUAUUUUCCAAAAGAGAGUCUCGAAGAAGAUCAGUCACUAUUUUUUUUUAUAUAUCUCAGACCUUUACCGUGCAUGAUUUGAUCACUUCGUUACAUUAAUGUUUCUCUUCUGCACAACUAUUGGCUAAAAAUUUCUCUCAUUGUCAUUAUAUCUGUGGGCCUUCUGUAAAAACUUUGCCAAGUUUUCUUUACAUUGAGGUUAAGGUUUCGCUUUGUAUAUGAAAUUGCAUGGGCCCGUGGGCAAUGAAGGAUUAAUUUCACGCAUAUUUUCAAAGAUUUCUCAAAAUUUUGGGAAAGCUUUGAAAAUACAAGUGAAAUUAAUCCUUAAUUGCCCGAAGGUACUUGAGAUUACCUGUUUAUCACAUGUAGGGCAAAAUUUUUGAGGGAAUUGCAUUCGCGUACUAUAUCCGCGCGAUGAAGCUCUUUUAAUGCCGCCACAAAUGUCAAAAUAAGCGUAACUGACCAAUAGAUUCAAUGAACGUUUUAUUCUCAAAAUACAGUUAACAAGAUUACACGGCUUCAUUCGGUUUAAUUGCAAUCGAUAAUCGUUGCCGCAAACAGCGAAAAGGCCCAAUCAGCAUCAAGAAAUCAAGCCCUUUUGAUUGCCAAAAGUGCCCUCGUGAUUAAGAAAAAAAUGCUCUCUGUCUCAGCUAAUCAGCAUUCAGUAAUUUUGCCCCGCAUGUGAUAAGUUACCGAAACUGUGUGAUUUGCCAAGCACAAGUUUCUCCUUGCAUUCAUGUUAAGUUUUUGGAUAACUCCCAAGGAUUGUUCCAGCUUCCUUUACUGCUCAUCGCUAGUUAUCGAUUUCACGAUAUAAAAUAUUUCAAAAAAUGUGAGGAGAAAGUAACAUUUCCGCGACGAUUUUUUUCUUGACUUUUAUUGAAACCGUAUUCAUCAUUUUAUAAUCUCAUUUACUCAGGAUCCAGAAAUGUUGAUUGACUUGAUGUACAGGAUUGCCAAAGGGUAAGUGAUGUUCGCAAGAUUUCUGAUGCAGGCGCUCUUGCAUUCGUCAAAUCGUCAAACAAAAGGGAUGAAGGUGACUGCAUCAAAAUAAUGUUUUGAGAUGUUGUUCCAAAGAUGGAAAAACUCAGAUCUCUGUUGAGUUUAUAAAUCAAUGGCCCACUAAACGCUGAUCGGAUAUUCUUCGGAUGAUUUCGGACUCUCUUCGGAUGCCCAACUUUUGUGCUGCAGUUAAGUCAGGUAGAGUUCGGGUGUACGCCAAGUUCCGAUAAUGAACUUAAAAAGUGAUGCUAAAUGCACUAUCGAAAGAGAAGUUCUUAGAGAAAAUACACGUUCUCCCCCGUGAAUAUUUGAACCCCAGUCGUCAGUUCGGAUUCGCCGUUUGGAUGGUUUACGAAUGAGUUCUUGAGAUAUCGCAGGCAGGCUGUAGCCAAUAUCACAAUACCUUGAGGUAAGCUAUUGAAACACAGUCGAGGCAGAUCGAAAGACAAAGAGCGCAACGUUUUCGUCCGUAUUUUAUUUUAACGCAGGGUGUCGGUGUCUCUUCAAGCAGCACAUAACAUUGUAAUCCAUUUACACUUAAUUAGCUGUAGCAUUCACAUUUAUUCAUCUUUUUCAUGCUAGAUAUCAAAAUUCACCUGAUUUACGACUGACGUGGCUGUGCAACAUGGCUACCAAACACGGCGAGGUACCAAUAGCUUUUAGAUACCGUAUUAAUUUAUCCAAGCGAGGGGGUAAAGCUCUAUGUAAUUUUUAAUUCCUUUCAUUUGUUUCGAAUGUCUGACGAUGCAACCUGUUGCACUCGCGAAAUACAUAUUUGCGUACAGACGAACGAAGUGCCGUCACUUGGAAACCAACUUUUCAAUCUGACCGGUCGACAUAUUCUCUUAGAUAUUGGACUCCGCGUGAACGCUGCAUCAAGCGUAGGUGCUCCUCCAUAGUUGUAAUAGUGAGUGAACUUCACUCACAGGAAUUAAUUGGCCAAGCUGGCAGUAUGUGAUCACUUUAAUUCGAGUGCAUCAAGAAACCAUAACCUGACUGGACUCGAAUGGUGACUCGUUGGCCUCCUUUCAAAUCAAACUUUUGGUUAGGAGUUUGGCCGGACAAUAAGUCAAGCUUUCGUUCCUUUUAUGUCCUUAUCUAUUGUUUGAAGGAAAGGGUUUCUAUUUUUUGCAAGGCAAAGGUUAGGAAUCACCGGUGCGUAGCCAGCUCACCGGGCGCGAAAUUCUAAUUUCUUCGGAAGCGAUAAUUGUUACAAACACAGCCUUUGUGGGAGAGGGUGUGGUAAUGAUUGUUGCAGCUUGGACACAUCUAAAGGGGAUGGGGUGGGAAAGUUUGUGACAAGAGGAGCGAGGUCUGGACAAUAAGCAAGCGAAAAAUUGCGCAUAAUAGUUUGAAUAAAACGACUCUGAAUGUUGAUUAAAACUUUUCUAACACUCGUGAACCAUUAAAACUGCAGCUUCUUCCGGAAUUUAAACUCUCCUGAGCUAAAUACAACUUAUACAAGUCAUUUGAUCUUUUUCGGGCCUAUUCUCGUCCCCAAAGCUCUUUUCGCUUCUCUUAGCCGGCGCCGGCUAAGAGAAGCAAAAAGGGCUAUGAGGACGAGAAUGUUUCACUACUCUUCCCAGUGAACCGCUGCACCCAACGAAUCUUUUUGCCGUCUUCAGAGUAAUGCCGUGAGAUUGUUUCAAACCAAUCACGUGGUACAUUGAAAUGCACCUGAAUUUUCCAUAUUACGUGAUGUUCAUUCAAAAACGUUACUCUCAAGGCGGCAAAGAAAGUCGUGGGUGUCGCGGUCUACUGGGAAGAGUAGAAGCGCUUUUGCAAUCAAACUUGGAAGUUAUUUGCAUUUGAAUAACAAACCGCUAGUUCACAGUCGAAUCAUUAAAGUGUCUGUUAAGUUGGCGUGUUAUAAUGCUAAGGACUCUAACAGUGAAACAAAGCUCAAAUCCUCCGCAUUUCCUUGUUGAUGAUCUACUGAAUAAAGGAGGUAAAAGAAACUGCGGUGCUGCGUUGGUGGGAGAGUAUAACAAGGUAAUUUGGUAUUGUUAACUGAGUUGAUAACGUAAAUUGGCCACCAUUAAGAGUUUCAAAGUUAACGUAUUGAGAACCGAAGGAGUAACGCUCCGACUGAGGGCUAGCGCUCGAAACUUCAGUUAUGAAACUCUUUAAGGUGGUCAAUUUACGUUAUUAACUCAGUUAACAAUACCAAAUUACCUUGUUAUACUCUCCCACCUGGUUGAUAAUACCAAAUUACCUCCUUUUUCUUUUGUUGUGCUUCUUUCCGGCAGAAUAAAGUGGAGGCAGCCAUGUGUUUGGUACACACAGCAGGUUUAGUUUCUGAGUACCUGAGUAUGUUGGAAGACAAGCCGCACUUACCUAUUGGAUGCGUUUCGUUUGAGAAGAUAUCCCCCAAUGUGCUGGAAGAAAGCGCUAUUUCAGAUGAUGUAGUAUCACCUGUAAGUCUGUAAUUUGGCCUUCCCAACACAGCAUAUGAAGCAAUAUUACUAUGUCCGGUUGAUAGCGCAGUACGUUUUGUUUACACUCUUUCGGCUGGAUAACAAUUUAUCCUUAGGAUAUUGUUAUCUGCCAUUUGAACUACUGGGCCCAGAAUGGACGCAUGACACACUUUGGGAUUUUUUGUUUUGUUUUGUUUUUGUUUUUGUCAUUGAUGUGAGGGUGGUUAUUCUUCGUCAACCCGUGUUCGAACAUGCUAUGUGUUUAAUCUUCAAACUCUCAAGACCUGGGAACUUAUUCUCCUAACUGGAGAAACAUAUUUCUUUGUCCGAAACUCCUGAUAAAUCGGUGAGAUAUCGGUGAAAAAUUCCCUUAUAACCCUGUCUGCUCUAUAGUGAAAUAAAACUGUAAUGAGAAUUUACCUACCGAUUAGUGGGAGUGACAGAGUUACGUGCUAUCCUUGUUAUUUUCAGAGUGAUCUACUUUUAGUCUUCAUCUUUUGUUCUUUUGUCCAGGAUGAGGAGGGUAUUUGCACUGGGAAGUACUUCUGCGAGAAUGGAUUGGUAUCUUUACUCGAAUCAGCUGCAAACACGUUUUUUCGAUCUCAUUUAUUUGAAUGUGUAAAUGAGGUGUAUAAACUGCUGAUCCCGAUUCUAGAAGCAAAACGUGAUUAUAAGAAGCUGACUCAGGUUCAUCAGAGGCUUUCAGAAGCAUUCAGCAAGAUUAUACAGACGGUGAGACAUAAUUUUCAUAGAUUGCAUGUUUGGUCAUUUUGACAUAAAGGCUGUCAGUAAUUGAGGUGUUUGUUAACAGCUUAGGUUUUUUUUGUCUUUGUUGUAUUAAUACUUACUCACUUGUAUUUAACAAACGUAGAUCCAAUAUACAGUUGUUUCUUCGGACUCGAUCCUUUCUGGAAUUGCUACUUCAGCCCAUAUGUAGGCGACUGAAACCAACCUGUGCAACUAAGCGUGUCAUGCACAAACAUGGAUUUCAUAAACAUGCCGGGAAAUGGGCCGUAAGACAAAAUCCAAACGCAAGAGCAUGCUUGCAGGCUCAACUAACGGCGGUUAGAGGUCUUAUAGGCGGGGGGUUACCAGCUGUUUAUGAAACCCAUGCAUCGAGUAAUACUUUGCAAGCGAAUUUCGUUCCUUUGUUAUGUUCCCUCUUAGGAAAAUCCUUUAAUUUCUUUUUUCAAAAAUUGAAAACUGCCAAUCAGAGAGGGCGGAGCGCUAACUGAAUCCUGCAAAAAGUGAAUGUCUUGUUGGGUUGAAACUAACUGAUUCCUUUUUAUUGGAUGUGAAGAGAGGUUUCACUUAAGCAGCGAGAUUUGCUAUUUUCAGGAAGGAAAGCGUAUGUUGGGAACAUACUUCCGAGUCGGUUUUUAUGGAUCUAAAUUUGGAGAUUUGGACGGAGAGGAGUACAUUUACAAAGAACCCGCCAUCACGAAGCUUCCUGAAGUGUCCCAUCGUUUGCAGGUUAGUUUAUUAGGCCUUGUUGGUGCAUCUCGAAAAACUUUGUCUGAAAUUUACCAGUUCGUCGGUUACAAUCCGUUCUCAUGUUCCCUAUAGUUAGCCAUCCUGGUUUUUUCUAGGUUUAUUACAACCGCUUUGUGUUUUUAUCCCAGUAGUCUAAAUUCCGUUGAUUUUUUCGAGUUGAAGGUUGUUUCGCACACCACGAAAAUAACUUAAGAUAUGGUAAUUUCGUUUGCUUCCGUUGUCGCCACACCACAGUCCGAACUCAAAUAGCCUCAAUUGUGUCGGAACGUUGUACCUGGCGGAAAGAGAAAUUUUCAAUUGGGUGUCGAAAAACCUCGCACCACUUUACCAACCAAUCAGAUGCAAAGCAAAACUAAUCACAACUUGGUCGCUCGCGUUUUCCCGCGCUCUAGGUAGUUUGGACGGGUUUCUUUGAAUUCUCACCGUUGUCAGUACUUUGGUUUUUGUUUUACGACACUGAAUCUAAAAGCACUCUAACUAGAGGUAAAAAUAACUAAAGAAACAGUGUUCACUAAUUUUUCACACCGACUGUGUGUUUCCAACUGAACAAUGUAGUCACAUAUAUUUUUUCCAAGUUCACAGAUUGGGAAAUUCGAUUCGAGCUGCAGAUUGUCUCGAGCAUCGUCUAAUCAAACAAACGAGUCAUCUUGUUUGCAGCACAACUUUCAAAAACCUUUACACAGGCUUUCAUUUAUUUGGUGUUGGAAUUCAAUUUGAUUUAUUAACGAAACAGGAGCUCAGUAUGGUAUUUGUUUUUCAGGCAUUUUAUGGAGACAAGUUCGGGCAUGAUGUUGUGGAAGUAAUCAAAGAUUCCAACGCAGUUGAACAAGAAAAGCUGAAUCCAGAGAAAGCUUACAUCCAACUUACCUAUGUGGACCCAUAUUUUGACGAAUAUGAAUUGAAGGAUCGUAUUACCUAUUUUGACAAGAAUUUCAACUUAAGUAUGUUCACAACACUUUGACAGUCUAACUGACUCUCCUUUAGACUUUAAGAGCAGUUUUAAAAAGAGGGCUGGAAGUAAUACGCUUCCUGAUUGGUUUAGAAAACUCAAACUGUCUUCUCGUCCAAUCAGAUGCUGAAUAAAAACCAAUUUCGAUUUUGCCAAUCCUGUUUUUCCCUCACCGUAGGUUGCAAGUAUGUAUUUUGAUGCGUUCCUUCUGUUGUUUUGUCUCCCCCUUGGUAUAGAAGACACAGGACACGUCACUGUAGAACACCGCCCUCUUAACCCAUGUUUUCAUUAUUUCCUUCGUUCCUUUGUCUUUUUGUUCUUAAUUGUUUUAUGUCAAGUGUGUAGUCUACACCAAGUCAGAGCCGAAAUUUUCCACAUUUCUGAUUGGUUGUUUGGUUAAUUUCACGGCUAGCAAUCGAGAAUUGCUCUGUUAUCUAUAAAUGGAUUACUUUUUCAAACUCAUAGGAAGAUUUAUGUACGAAACUCCUUUCACACCGAGCGGAAAGCCUCACGGUGAACUGGUCACCCAGUACAAGAGAAAGACGAUUUUGACUGCUGCCAACUCAUUCCCGUAUGUCAAGACACGAGUCAAUGUUGUGCAUCGUGAACAGGUCUGUCCAAUAUCGUUGCAUGUUAUGUUGUUUGUGUUGAGAUACGGCUGUUUUUCUGUCAUUCCACUUGUGCGCAUUCAGAUGCUUUUGGCAAUUCUAUUUUAGAGAGAGUUUUCGGCCAAAAAAAAAAAAAUUGAACGAUACCUCCUGUUUGCUCGUUCCCAGUGUCCUAUGCAGGUUUUACACUUAGUUAUUUUAAGCCGACUUUCACGACAAGCAAAAUAAUGUUUGACUUAAAGGAAACCACACAAGACUACCGGAAAGCAACGAGAAUGGUCAACUAUGCAGAAGAUGAACAUGGGUUGGGAUGACCAGCUUAACUCUUGGACCCUACUGGCCUCUUAUUUCUCAUUACAAUAUCACCUUUGAAUCACGCAUUAAGGUCAAGAGAAAAAAUAAAAAUGAUCACUAACCAAAGAGGCUCUAAACGAAUUCUCCUUAUUAGCACCGUAAUAAAUGUAUAGAGAACAGUGUUAAGAAUAUGCAUCCUGUGAUAGGGUGUAAAGGGCUUAAAGAUAGUGGCUUGACGUUUCAAGUAGCGCAAACCUUGACCCAGCCACUCUACGUGAUCAUUUUUCUGUGGUGGUUCUGAAUGAUCAAUACACUUUGAUGAAUAAUUUUACUGAAAUUUCUACUACCGACACAAAUUGGUAGCUAUUCACUGCUGCAUGUAGUUUACGUGGUGUUUCUUAAGGUAUCGUAAUUGUGAGUAACAAAUCAAUCUUCAGACACGUGUUUUUCUUCUAACAUUGAUUUUAUUUUCGUUCUUGUAGAUUGUGUUGAGUCCCAUUGAAGUCGCCAUCGAGGAUAUGGAACUAAGGACGAAAGAGCUUCUUAACGCAAUCAAUCAAGAACCACCAAACCCCAAGAUGCUUCAGAUGGUGUUACAAGGUUCUAUUGGCACCACUGUUAAUCAGGUCACAUUUCUAUCUUUUUCUAUGUUCACUUGUGUGUAAUCUCGUGGUGUGUAAUCUCUCAGGUAGUCGAUGGAUCGGUCGAUCAGUCAUUCAGUCUGUCUGUCUGUCUGUUCAUCUGUACGUUCGUAAGAACCCAUGUCAACAAAUUGUUGACAGGGACCUUAGGUAAUCAGGACGAGAACGCCGGGGAAGUCGUUGAUUAAAAAAUGAAUUUAUAUUUUUAGAUAGAAUUCCGCGAAUGACUUAGUAUAUUGCGCUACUCCUCAACUUCACCAUAACGUAGGCGAUCAGCAUCGAGUUUCACCUGAAAUAAUUUGCUGUCGGGUUAACUGUCAUCAGACCAUGCAAAGUUUGUCGAGCUCACGUUGUUACUAUGCAGAAGACGGCUAAAAAAGGUACACAUGUACAGACACGUGCUUAGCCUAAGCACGUGUCUGCACAUGUGUACCUUUUUUAGCCGUCUAUAAAAAUAGCGGCUAUUUUUCUGCGCAUUAGAUCUUGAUGUGCCACGUCCUCAAUGCCGUCGCGGUCUUCGUUUGGUUAAGGUCCGUACUAUUGUAGUUGGAAGACGAUGGAAUAAACAACCAAAAUUUGACUUUUAUUUACCAACGAUAGUUGCCUAACAUGAAGAACUUUUUCAUCGACAGUACACAACUCAGUCUAGGUAUAUCCUGCCCAAUCCCGAUUGAGUUUUACGGUUUGUUCGUUUUUAGAGUAUUGCAUGGUUUUGACUGAACAUUUAUCCAAGGUUGUUAAUGAUCAUGUCAUGUUUAGUACACCUCCUAUUUGCAAAUAUGCUCGUUCCUUGUUCUUUCUUGGAAAAUAAAUUGUCUCAAUCCAGACUUGAGAAGAGCAUGUGAAUGGUUUCAGUUAAUCAACAUUUUAAAGCAAGUCAUAAUAUAUUGUUUUCGUAGAUAGCACUAUAGUCUCUCUCAAUAAAGGCUGACUUGUCUAACUGUCGCUUGUGUGUUGUGCUGUCUUUACAGGGUCCUCUAGAGAUUGCUUUGGUAUUCCUGUGUCACGAUCAGGACGCUGAAGAUGGCGGGGAAACGCCAAUGAUCACGAGACACCAUCACAGACUCAGACUCUGUUUCAAAGAGUUUAUCAAAAGGUAAUGCGAGUGUAUAGCCUGGCAGACAACAAACUGAGACAUAUAAAAAUCAGUCAAGAAACACUUUUUUGUAAGAAAAAAGUGUUCUGAUCAAUCAGUCUCCUCCGUUAGUUAAAUAUGUAAAUCCUUGAAGACAAAGCCUUCCUCAGCAGUUUAAUCAUGAUUUUAUUCAAGAAAAAAGGUUUAAGGCGAAACAAGAAUAUCUCAAGCACUGUGCGAGGACAUGCCACUACCGUUAGAACCAAGAACUCCCGGCAAACCCGAUGUUCACGAGAGUAAUGCAACGCGUAACAGAACAACAAGACUUGAAUGUUAAAGCAACUUAACCGAAUAUACGUACAUCACAGCUAGCCCAAGCUAACGAAUAAGCAGAAACCUUCGUUGUUUAAAUUAAAAUGAGAGAGUUUGGAUGGGAAUUUUGAUAAUCGCCAUAUAGAAGUUCGAAAUAUUAAUUGCGGCAGAAUUCCCUCUUUCCGGUUUUUUGGAUCCCCAAACACCCUAUGCAAACCUUAACACUUUAUGUUAUUCAACGGAUCUUCGCGCGCUCGUUACCUUGGGCCACAUUUUCUACCUUCGGGUAUUUGCGCGGUACACUGUGGUUCAUGCAAGAAACCAAAUGUCACCACAUCGUCACUCGGUGCUCUUCCUCCCGACAGACCGCUACCGUCUGACCCUGUCACUUUAGAAUAACAAUACUUCAAUACUCUUACUGUUCUAAGGAAUUUUAUUGCUGUGUACUAGGUGCGGAGACGCUCUGCAAAGGAACAAGCAUCUUAUCGCAUCUGAUCAACGUGCCUAUCAGAAAGAACUGGAGAAGAAUUUUACACAGCUCACCGAACAACUCGAACCUCUCUUGAGAAACAAGUCUGGCACCUUACGUGGAUCCACCAGGCAGAAGUAAGUUUAUAUUCCACGCUAAUAGUAUUCCGUGGUUAUUGUCGCAGGUGCUGGUGUUGUCGCUAGGAGGCCAAGGCGAAUGUUAUCGAGCUCCUCUACCUUUAAUAGGCUUGCCAUCCGUCACUUUUUGAAUAAAUCUACCAGAGUUCUAUCUCAAUUAUUGAAAUCUGAUUGGCUACGAUACUCGAAGUAUAUUUUGCGAUAGACAGUUGGUAGCCAACAGUGUGCGGAUGUAAACAAAACGAAAUAAAAGCGUGAGCUAUUCUUGAUGUUAUAAAAUUUAUCAUAUGCGGGGAAAAAUUACUGAUUGCUGAUUAGCUGAGAAAGAGGGUAUUUUUUUCUCAAUCACGAGGCACUUUUGUUAAUCAAGAGGGCGUGAUUACUUGAUGCUGAUUGAGCCUUUUUGCAGUUUGCGGCAACGAUUUAUUGAUUGCAAUUUAACUGAAUGAAACCGUGCGACGUUGUUAACUGUAUUUUGGGAAUAAAAUGUUCAUUGAAUCUAUCGGUCAGCUAAGUUUGUUUUGACAUUUGUGGCGGCAUUGAAAUAGCUUCAUCGCGAGGUCAUCGUGCGCGAAUGUAAUUCAAUGCAAAGGCAAUUAAGGACUCAUUUCACGUGUAUUUUCAAAUUUUUCCCAACAUACGCGUAAAGUUAAUCCUUAAUUCCCUUCGUUUCUGGCGAAGUCCUUAUCAGCCACCAUGCAUAGAAAUCUGGAGCCAAUAAUCUCAUCGCUAAAUGGUGUAACACGUUUUUAUAUAUAAAAUGGUAGAUAACUGCAUACUUUAUUGUCAUUUUGCAGGGAAGGAUCUGCACUGCUGAGGAAAAUCUCCAAGAGUUUUAAUACAGGACACAGUAUAGCUUAACUCAAAAUCCGUUGCAGAGCCUAAUCUUUGCCGAGUCAGUUUUGUAUGUUCAAGAAGUUGGAAUUGAUUGAUUGAUGGAAUGAUUAAUGGAUUUAAUACUAUACAGACUGUGAACCUCCUAUUUGUGAAAUUCUUUUGAAGUCGGUUGUGCGAAAAAUUCGCAAAAAAGCAGAAACUUUUAUCUUUUUUAUGGGGGCCAUAAAGAGCUUCUUGAUAUUCAAAGAUCCAUGUAAAUUUAGGACAUUGGCCACCGAAUAUUUUCCCAAUCAUAAGAUGUGUUUUGUACUUCGUGUGAUCAUCAUAGAAAGGUAAAAGAGACAGGUGUUAGCUUAAUGUGCCAACAAUCCUGCCCAAAACGUUUGGAGAACACAUAUCCCUUUUUCCAAGUCUGUCCCGUGUAUCAUGAGCAAGUUACGUUCAUUUUCCACCCACGAAAGCGGACUUGUCAAUAUUUCCUCCCUCCCUGUGUUUAAUAUUGUCCAGGGUUGAAGGGGUGAGUUCAUGGUAUUAGUAUUUACCAGAUGUAACGAUAGUGCCCAGACAUUUUGGCAAGAUUGUAAGCUUUUAUUAGAAAACAAUUUAUUGUGAAUAUUGUACAGGAACAUGAAAGUAAACAA